AUGGUGACGAUUAGUAGUAGCAUUCGGGCCAAUCCUCAGUGGGGAGAGUGGAUGCCUCACGGUCCAGGCGGCGGGCCCAUCCCCGUGACGCCCUCCGGCGCCAUACCGCAUUGGGGCUUCCCCGCAUUGGAGGCAGGAAGAGAAGAUCGUCGAGUCUCAACUCUAUUCGUCAUCCCCAUUGAUGCCCCUGGCUUGAGGGGUGCUCAGUCAGGCCCAUUGGGUGCUAUUCUUGAACUUACAGCUGCUCCCUCGGAUCACUACGCUUCUUUCUCCUACAAAUACCAUCCCUUCCUAACGCUACUCUCUGUGUUAGAAUUCGAGUGA